CCAAUGUUUGGGAUUUGUUUGGGAAUCGGGAUUUCUAUUAAAUAUUUGGUGUAAAUAAGUUUGGAAUUCAUAAGAAAGUUAUAAUGGCCAGCUAAAUCUAUUCUUUAGCAACUUUCUAGCAUAUACAAUGGACCCUCCUAGCUUAAAUAAUGUACCUCUUAAUUAUAUCUGCGAAGGAUGCCUGUGUGUUGACCGCAAGCUUACUACAAUUUACGAUGAAGAAUAUAAAAAAAUAUUUAUGGGAAUGCUGGAUUUCAUGGACCAGAUGAAUCAAGAGUGGCUAUUAUGUUGGGAGUGCAUCGCUAGAAUACGGUCUGUGAUACAUUUCAAGAAGAGAGUCCGCGCGGCCCGUGAUCUCCUGCUACGGUAUAUGGUUUACCAAACUACACAUAUAGAAUCGCUGUCAAAUUUAAAAACAAUAAUAAACACAACCCAAGACUACUAUUAUCAAGAUGAAGAUGACAAAACCUUAAUAUCAUUGGAAAAUGAAACUACUACAAAUUAUUUUGGCCCUGACAAUGCCUCAAAUAGAAAUUUUAUAAAUAUAAAUGGACCUAAUAUAAGUAAAUGUACUGAAAGUGGAUUUUCUGAAGUUAAUACUGUUGUUUCUGAGAUAAGAGAUAGUACAAAUGAAAAUGAUAGUCAGUCUUCAUUUGUUAUAAAAAUUGAAGAUAAUUUUGAAAAUGAAAAUGAAAGAUUUGAUGGAGAUGAAAAUAACAGUUUGAUAGAGGAUAAAGAGGACUUUACUGAAGUUAAGACUGAUGACGUCCUUAUCACACAAGAACCUGCUCCCAAUAAAAAGAAAAGGAAAAAAAAGAAGAAACGACAGAAAGAGGAGUUUAACGCCUCCGACGAUGAACCACUUAAACCUAGUAAGAAAGAGAAGAAAGAUCAAGUGAAAGAGAAGUCAGUGGAAAAGGAAGAUACAGAGGAUAAAACAGUAAGAAAGCGUCGCAAGCGAGAGAAGCCGGCGGGUGUGGUAAACAACCCCCGGGUCGACAGGAACCUGGCGCAGCUUAACGUGCGGGACGGACAGAUCGAGAUGAUAGUACUCAGCUGGGAGGAGGUAGAGGCAGAACGGCAACGCGCCCGAGAGAGCAUAGUAUUCACCCGACACGAGUACCGCUGCGACGACUGCAUACUCGGGUUCAACCACCGCUUCAAACUCGACAACCACAUGGCCAAGCACGCGCCUUCAGCCGGUCCCGCGGAGUGUCCCGUGUGUCGGGUCCGCUGCCGAGACGACCACGCCCUGGUCGCCCAUAAGAGACGGCAUCGGGUGAGAUGGCGCUGCGUGUCGUGCGGCGAGCUGUCGUCGCGCGCGGCCGUGGCGGCGGACCACGCGGCGCGCGCGCACGGCGCCGCGCCCACGCACACGUGUCGGCGCUGCGGGGUCACUCUAGAAUGGCGCUGCGUGUCGUGCGGCGAGCUGUCGUCGCGCGCGGCCGUGGCGGCGGACCACGCGGCGCGCGCGCACGGCGCCGCGCCCACGCACACGUGUCGGCGCUGCGGGGUCACUCUAGAGUCGCUCGCAAAGCUCCGGAACCACAUGAAGAAUCACGCGGAACGUCAGAAGUGCGAGCUGUGUGGGAAAACGUUUCGAGACCGGUCGUCGCUCAGGACACACUUGUUCAUCCACGGUGGGGAGAAGGAAUACUCGUGUCCACACUGUGACAAACGGUUCCUGUUCAAGAAGGCAAUGGAGGUCCAUUUGGUGACCCACGCCGCGCCCGCCCGCCUCUACUGCCUUGAGUGUGAUAUGACGUUCAAGAACCGCAUGUCGUAUUACCAGCACAAGAAGUACAACUUGAAGCAUAUCGACCCCGAGAAACUGAAGUACAAAUGUCCCCUGUGUGACAAGAAAUUCCUAAAAGCAGCGAGACUCGAGGAACACAAUAUGGCCGUACAUCUGAAAGUGACCCCUAUACGGUGCACGAUGACAGAGUGUGACUUUGCGUGCUCGUCGCGGCCGGUUCUGCGCACGCACAUACGCAUGGUGCACCGCAACCUGCGCUUCGUGCGCAACCACGUCUGCGACACCUGUGGCAAGGCUUACACGACGAAGAAGACUCUAGAAGGCCACAUGCGGAGUCACACCGGGGAGCGGCCCUUCCAUUGUGGUCUCUGCUCGUCCACAUUCUCCUACGAGGCGGCCUUAUAUAACCACAAUAAACUCGUGCACCUCAAGAGCAAGGUAACGCGGCGGGCAGACUGGGAUGUGGGAGCGAACGUAACGUAGCCACGCAUUUCUGUUAGUAAUACAAUUGUACCCAUUGCUUGCUUCCUCUAUACUCUGUAUCUUUAGAUAUUUAAAUAAAAGUAAACAAAAUCUACCCUCAAAUAGCUCCUUAAGCCAGUUGAGGGUAGUUGAAAACAUUACACGAUCAAAUACUGUAGGUUAAAGUCAGGUCGCUCAGUGACUUUUCCAGGCGGUUUUGUAUUUGGUCGGUUAGCCAAUAAAUGUUAUAACUACCCGAAAAUUUAUAAAUUUGUUUACUUAAAGAUACAGAGUAUAGCGUAUAACUGCAUCCCUUAGAUUGGCCUUCAUUAACCCAAUAUUAGUUAGACCUUUACCUGACGGCCGGGCCAAUAUCAGGUAUAAUUUGGCCUUAAUUAUUUUAAUAAAUAUUUUAUGAUUUAAUAUUUAUAGCAAUCAUUGUUACAAGCUAAAAUAUAAGUACAAUAAUUAGGUUUAUGUAAUAAUAAAAGAAAAUAUUUUUUGUACAGCAAA